AUGCUGGACCAUGAACGGCCAGCACCAAAGACCCACCGUCGACCCCGCUACUGGGGCCGGCGGGGCUAUCUGCCUCUCAGCCUCAAUGACCGCCACAUUCGCCGUCACCAUCCCGCCGCCUUGUCCAACGUAGCAAGGGUGGCCAUCCGCAUCCUCCCCUUCGCCGUCGCCCUCCUCAUCGGCAUGGCCAUGGGAGCGCACCACCCGCUCUACAUGUCAAUCUACACGCGGCGUCCAGCGACCGCACGCCUCCUCCCGCCGACCCUCCCGCCACCGCUCGACAUGUCCGCCACUGCGUCGCUCGUGCAUGGCCUGCACCUCCCGCCGUCGUUACCCCUCCCGCGGUCGCCGGUCCCCAGCAUCCUGCACUACGUGUACGGCCUCGGCCCACGCUCGCUCCAAAAGCCGUUCCCGUACUACGCCCACCUGGCCAUGCGGAGCGCGCUGACGACGCUCAAGCCCGACAAGGUCAUGUUCCACUGUGUCCACGAGCCGUAUGGAUACUGGUGGGACCAGGUGCGGUCGUAUGACGGCUGGGCGGUGGACACCAAGGGCCAGCGGCGCGGGCGCGUCGAGGUCGUCAAGGCGCGCGAUGUGACGUGGGUGGGAAAGGAGCGGGCGCCAGUACACCAUUCCCAUACCCACGCCCGUCGAGGCUGUGACGGUUUGCAGAUGGGACGGGUGCUAACACACCAGUUUGCACACAAGGCCGACAUCCUCCGCCUCGAGAUCCUCCUCGAGCACGGCGGCAUCUACCUGGACAUUGACACGUUCGUGCUCCGCCCCUUUGCGGACCGCCACACCGGCCUCGAUCUCAUGCAGUACGACACGGUGCUCGGGAUGGAGGCGCGGGCGCUGGACGUCGCCCACGGCCCCCGGUCCGACGACGAGAUGCGUCCCAAGGGCCUGUGCAAUGCCGUCAUUGUCGCGCGCCCCGGUGCCGACUUUGUCAAGCUCUGGCUCCAGAGCUACGACACGUUCCGGUCCUCCAAGUGGACCGAGCAUUCGGUGGAAAUGCCGUGGACGCUCGCGCGCCUGUACCCCACGCUCGUGACCGUGCUGUCUGACCGGGCGUUCUUCUGGCCCCUCUGGACGGCGGACCACAUCCACGCUGUGCACACGACUGCCGAGUACGACUUUGCCGCGUCGGGCCAGCUGGCGUACCACGCCUGGGAGUCUGUGGCGCGGCCAUACCUCGAGACGCUGGACCCCGAGUCGAUCGUGCGUGUCGACUCGAGUUUUACGCGCAUGGCCAGGCGGUUUAGGGAGAAGGGGGAGAGAAUCAAGUGGAGGAAAGCACAGGCUGCUGCUGUCGGUCUCGCGAGGGCCGAGAAGGACGAGGAAGAGGAGGAGGGGGACUGCGAUGAUGGCGAGUGCGACGAGGCUGGCGUCGACACCAGAGGCCAUGACUAG